AUACACUCAAAAUGAAAGUGUGUAGCUACUUUCCUGUAGACGAAACUGAAAUUCCUGCGUCUUUCAUUGUAUUUUAAAAUUUGUGCUAAUUUUAUUUUGUUGUUUUUUAUUUUUUUGAACUCGGAAAAUGUCGGCUGCCAAACAGUUUUUAGUGGGCAUUGUCGCUGCUAUGGGAGCCCUUUGCCUGGGCACCGUGAUCGGGUGGUCGGGGCCGGUGGAGGAUGAAAUCAAGAGUGGCCAGGCCUUCGAUUUCGUUCCCAGCACGACGGAGUGGGGCCUGGUGGGCUCCCUAAUGACGCUGGGCGCGGCGUGCUCCUGCAUCCCGGUGGGCGUGCUCAUCGGCAAGAUCGGACGCAAGGUGACGAUGCUGUGCCUGCUGCCGCCCUUUGUGAUCGGCUGGGCGCUGAUCAUCCUGGCGGUCCACAUCGGAAUGCUGUUGGUCGGACGCUUCAUUGUGGGCUUCUGCGGAGGCGCCUUCUGCGUGGCCAGUCCCGUGUACACCACCGAAGUGGCCGAGGUCAAGUAUCGCGGCGUCAUGGGCUGCUUCUUCCAGCUGCUGAUCGUCCACGGCAUCCUGUACUCCUUCGUGGUUGGAGCCUUUGUGAACACUCUUUGCUUGGGCAUAGCCUGCGCCAUUUGGCCCAUUAUCUACUUCCUGCUGUUCAUGUGGAUGCCGGAAUCGCCAGUGUACUUGGCUCAGAAGGGCAAGACCGAGCGGGCGGAGAAGGCGCUGAAGUUUCUGCGCGGCAAGGAUGCGGAUGUGGGUGGUGAGCUCAAGGACAUGGCAGCCGAGGGCCAGAAGGAGCAGACUAGCGUCGGGAAAACGCUCUGCCGCAAGGUCACGCUCAAGGGCCUCUUCCUCUCCAUCACGCUCAUGAUCUUCCAGCAGUUCACGGGCAUCAACGCGAUCGUCUUCUACACAACAUUCAUCUUCAUGUCGGCGGGAUCCUCGCUGGAGCCCCGUUUCGCCACGAUUGUUGUGGGCAUCGUAAUGGCCGCCUCCACCGUGAUCUCGAUCUUCCUGAUCGAACGACUGGGUCGCAAAAUACUGCUGCUGAUAUCGGCUUUCAUGAUGGGCACCAGCAGCCUGAUCAUGGCCCUCUACUUUGGCCUGCUUAUGGACUCGAAUGUCGGUUGGCUGGCCCUAAUGGCCAUUUGCAUCUUCAUCAUCGGCUUCUCCGUUGGUUUUGGCCCAGUUCCCUGGGUCAUGAUGGCUGAGCUUUUCGCGGAGGACGUUAAGGCCAUUGCUGCAUCGAUUGCCGGAACCACAAAUUGGCUUGCCGCAUUUGUCGUUACUUUGCUGUUUCCGGUACUCAACGAGCAAAUCGGAGCAACCGCCUGUUUUGGAAUAUUCUUUGGCUUCGCUGUGACCGCCUUUUUGUUUGUACUCUUCCUGAUUCCCGAAACAAAGGGCAGGACCAUCAACGAAAUCCAGGCCAAGCUGGGUGAAAAGAAGGAGUAGUCAUAGAAAUCUGAUCUAAAAUUCCAAAAAUUCCUAAAAGCAGAACACAUUUCAAAAUGCGAAAUAUCUGGAAUCUCUGUAGAACAAGGUAUUUUCAGUAAAAAAUUUGCUGUCAAAUAUAAGUCACGUUUGUCAGCUCACAAA